CUCACGGGCGCGGAGCCCUCCGGGUCCCGGCCUAGGCCAUGGAGCGGCCCUGUAGGGGCUGAGGGGAUCCCUCGGCGGCUCCCUCCUCACCCCGAGCGCUCACCGGUACCGGGGAUUUGAGCGGCGGCGGCGGUUUCCCGGUCGCUGCGCCGCCAUGGCUUCCAGCGAGGAGGAGGCGAGCACCGACUGCCCGACCCCGGUGGGCACCGACACGGCCCCGUCCUGCCCGGACUCAGACCCGGACCCGGCUCCCGCUCAGUCGGACAGCACCGAGGACUUCGAGGUGCUGGAGGAGGAUGAGGACGACCUGAGCGAGCUGCCACCGCUGGAGGACGUGGGGCGGGCACGGGCCCCUCCGCCACCGGAGCCACCGGAGGACGCCCGGUGCCCGGAGCAAGACCCGGGGGAGACCCCUGAACCCCCCCAGGAAUGGCUGGACGUCUUGGGGAACGGAUUGCUCAAGAAGAAGACGCUGGUGCCGGGCCGGGGGGCGGAGAGCCGCCCCCGCAAGGGCCAGGAGGUGACCAUCCGCCUGCGGGCAGCGCUGGAGGACGGCAGCGUGGUGGAGGAGGACCCCGGGCUCACCUUCACCUUGGGGGACUGCGACGUUUUGCAGGCUCUGGAUCUCUGCGUGCAGCUGCUGGAGUUGGGAGAAACGGCUUUAAUCGUGUCGGAUGCCAAGUAUUGCUACGGCUCGCACGGCAGGAGCCCGGACAUCCCACCCAACGCCGCCCUGACGCUGGAGGUGGAGCUGCUGGAGGCUCGGGAUGGCCCCGACCUGGAGCUGCUGAGCGGGAAGGAGAAGGCGGCGCUGGCAAACCGCAAACGGGAGCGGGGCAACUUCUACUACCAGCAGGCAGACUACGUGCUGGCCAUCAACUCCUACGACAUCGCCCUCAAGGUCAUCGGCUCCAGCUCCAAAGUUGAUUUCAGCCCGGAGGAGGAGGCCGAGCUGCUGGAGGUGAAGGUGAAAUGCCUCAACAACCUGGCGGCCUCGCAGCUCAAACUGGACCACUACGAGGCAGCCCUCAAAUCCUGUAACCUGGUGCUGGAGCACCAGCCGGGGAACAUCAAGGCGCUCUUCCGAAAAGGGAAGGUCCUGGCCCAGCAGGGCGAGUACAGGGAGGCCAUCCCCAUCCUAAAAGCAGCUCUGAAGCUGGAGCCUUCAAACAAGACCAUCCACGCUGAGCUCUCCAAGCUGGUGAAGAAGCACGCGGACCAGAAGACGGUGGAGACGGAGAUGUACAGGAAGAUGCUCGGCAACCCCAGCGCCGGCAGCGCCCCGGUCAAGUGCAAAGACAAACUGCCCUGGUCCAUCCCCUGGAAGUGGCUCUUUGGGGCGACAGCCAUCGCGCUGGGCGGCGUGGCCCUGUCCGUGGUCAUCGCAGCGAGGAACUGAGGACAGCAGCUCCUGGACACGUUUGUUUGGUUUUUGUUUUUAUUUUUUCCCCUGUCCCCAAAUCCCCUCCCCAGCAUCACCCAGCAGCCCCGUAAGGAUCCUACGGGGCCGGAGCCUCAGGUCCCGGACCCCACGGCCCCACAGCUCCACCCGGGGAGGACGCGGCGCUGCCGUGGGGCAGGGAAGAGGCUGCUGAAGGGAAACUGCACCAAGGGAUAAGGUGGGGACGUGCCCGGGGCACACGCAAUGAGAUUUUUUUCCCCCCCCUCCCUCGGCACUUCCCCGGAGCGUGCAAUGCCCAAAGGAAGCCAAAGAACCCCGGGGACACCACGGACACGGAGAGGGAAGCGCUGGAGCCCUCGUAUCCCGGCCGGUCUUGUAGGGCCGGAGCCGUGGGGGUGUCCCCCACCCCUCCCUGCUUCACCCCGCAGCUCUCUCCAGCCCUGGGCCCCCCCAUCUUCGGGUUCCAGCUCCGCUCGCAGGGGUGGAAGGCGCUGCUCCCCCCGAACCAACUGUGAACCCCCAAUAAAGGACAACUCCUGCACA